AUGAUAUCAAAGUUUCCUUUUUUCUUUCUUUUCUACAUUAAUGCUCUCUCUCUCUUUCUCUCUCUCUCUCUCUCUCUCUCAUCCUUACCUAAUUUAUUUACUCAUGCUUCUCUCUCACUUCCUCUCUUUGUCUCCUUCUUCUUCCUGAUCUCUAUUUUCUCUCUUCCCUCUUUUUCUCCAUCCUAUCUCUAUUUACUUACUCUCUUUUUUGACUUCCAUCUAUCUGCAUUUUUUCUUCGCUGCCGAUCCUCUCCCUCUUUCUGCCUCCCCUCUCUAUUUAUGUGCUACCCUCUUUCUCUUCACCCCUUUCUCCAUUUAGUCAAUAUUUACUCUCUCUGCUCUCUCUAUUUACUUGCUCUCCCCUUUCCUUUAAUUCCCUCCCAAUUUACUCCACUCUUUCUCUUUACCCCUCACUAUUUACGUAAUUUUCUCUUUCUCUUACUCUUCUCUCUAAUUACUCUACACUUUCACUUUAUUCCUCUCUUUUUACUUACUCUUCUCUUUUAUCCUCUCUAUUCUGUUUACCGUCUUUGCCCUUUCUUUUCUAUUCUUUCUAAUAACUACAUUUCUUAUAGUUCUACCUCCCCUCUCUAUAUACUUGCUCUUCUCUUUCUCUUCGCCCCACUUUCCAUUUACUUAAUUUUCUGUUUCUCUUUCUGCUCUUUCUAUUUAUUCUUUCUUUUCAUUCCCUCUCGAUUUACUAACUUCACUCUUUCUCUUCACCCCUCUCUUAUUUACGCACAUUUUUCUUUCUCUUACUCACCUCUCAAAUUAUUCUACACUUUACUUUCACACUCUCUUUUCUUACUUACUCUCCUUUUUUUUCUUCCUUUUUUUUCUAUUUACUCACUUUCCUCUUACUCUUCCACUCUUUCUAAUUACUACCGUCCUUACUUUUCUACCACCCUUCUCUAUUUAAUUGAUUUCUUCUCUUUCUUUUUCUUCGUCUUCGUCUCCUUCUUCUUCCUGCUUCCUACUCUUUCUUUUUUCUUCUCUUUUCUCAUUUCAUUCGUCUCUUCCUUCCCUCUCUAUUUUCUUAAUCUUCUCUUUCACUUCCACUUUCACUUUCAUUUGCUUACUAUCGUCUUUAUUUAUCCUCUAUUCCAUAUCUUCUCUUUUCCCUACUUUUCUUCCACCUCCCUCUAUUUAAUCACCUCUCUCUCCCUCUUCCUACUCUCAAUUUACUCGCUUCACGCUUUCUCUUCCUCCUCUGUCUAUUUACUCACUCUCCUUCUUGUUUAUACUCCCUCUGUAUUUGCUUCUUUCCCUCUUUCUCUUUCUACUCUUUCUAUUGCUGACUUCGUUACUUUUCUUCCUCCUCCCCUUUCUCUCUAUCAUUGUUUGCCUUUCUCUUUAUUUGCUCUCUAUUUACGCACACCCCUCUUUCUCAUUCUAAUAACUCACCUUCUUGGUUUCCUCUCCUAUCUAUUUGCUUCUUUUUCUCUUUCACUUCCUCUUCUCUCAAUUUACUCACUCUCCUACAUUUCUUCCAUCCUCUCCCUGUUUCAUUGUUUUCCGCUCUCUUUGAUUCCUCUCUAUUUACACACAUUCCUCUCUCUCUCUCUCGCUCUCUCUCUACUUACUCUACUCAUUGUUUUAUUCCCUCUCUAUUUGCUUCAUUUCCUCUCUAUUUACACCCGCCUACUUUUUACCUCCUCUCUCUGUUUCAUUGCUUUUCUCUUUCACUUCCUCUCCUCUUUUUUUAUUAACUUUCCACUUUCUCUUCUACCCCCUUUCCCUCUCUCAUUCCUCUUCUUCUUGGCUUUCUUCCUUUCUUAUUUGUUUGUUUUCCUCUUUCUCUUCUUCCUCUCUCUCUAUUCACUCUCUUCUGUACGACUUUUCUCCCUUCUCACUCUAUUUCGUCAUUUUCCUCUUUUUCUUCCUCUCGUCUCUAUUUAUUUACCUUCCUCUUUUUUCUUCUUGCUUUCUCUAUCUCUCUCCUUCCUUUCCUUGUUGGAUUUCUUCCUUUUCUAUUUGAUUUUCCCUCGUUUUUCUUCCUCUUCUAAAAAUAACAUUUUCUAUUCUUCUCUCUCUCUCUCUCACACACACACUCUCUCUCUUUCUCUCUUUCUCUUUCUCUCUCUUUCUUUCUCUCUCUUUCUCUCUCUUUUUCUCUCUCUUUCUCUCUCUCACACUCUCUCUUUCUCUCCCUCACACUCUCUCUCUUUCUCACUCUCUCUCUUUCUCUCUCUAUCUCUUUCUCUUUCUCUCUCUGUCUCUGUCUCUCUCUCUGUCUCUCCAUAA